GGUAUUUAAAAUGAAAACAGUUGAGAGUUGUGAGAAUAAUACGAUAGAACAUAAACCAAUUAUUAAGAAACGAAAGAAUUCCUUAAAUGAAUCAGUACAAGUUGUGGUACGAUGUCGUCCAAUGUCCACAAAAGAAACUCAAAAUGGGAACAAAAAUGUCGUGGAAGUAUAUCCAAAACGUGGUGUUAUAGAAAUCAAAAAUCCAAAGGAUAAUCAUCAUGGCGAACAAUUAAAAAGUUUUACAUAUGAUGCCGUUUACGAUUGGAACUCGACGCAACAAGAUAUUUACGACACGACAAUUCGUCCAUUAGUUACGUCUGUGUUAGAAGGUUUUAAUGGCUGUGUUUUUGCAUAUGGACAAACUGGUACCGGUAAAACGUACACGAUGGAGGGAACUCAACAAUCUUCAGAGCAUAUUGGUAUCAUUCCAAAAACAUUUGGACAAAUAUGGUCACAUAUUAAUCGUACCAAAGAUAUGGAAUAUUUAGUAUCUGUUAGCUACUUAGAAAUUCAUUUAGAAGAAAUUAAGGAUUUAUUAAAACGUGACCAUACCCAUAAAUUAGAAAUUCGGGAAUAUAUUGGGAAAGGUGUAAUAAUUCCCGAUUUACAUACAAUCACGUGUAAAAGUGCUGAAGAUAUGUUGUACGUUAUGAAUAUGGGUAACAAAAAUCGGACUGUCGGGUGUACCAAUAUGAACGAACAUAGUUCCCGUUCUCAUGCGAUUUUCUGUGUUACCAUUGAAAUGUGCAACACUGCGGAUGAUACUUUUAAAGUAGGUAAAUUAAAUUUAAUCGAUUUAGCUGGUAGUGAACGACAAUCGAAAACCGGAGCAACAGCAGAACGUUUAAAGGAAGCUUCGAAAAUUAAUCGUGCUUUGUCAGCAUUAGGAAACGUUAUCUCCGCUUUAGCGGAAAAUUCACCUCACAUACCGUAUCGAGACUCGAAAUUAACACGAUUGUUACAAGAUUCCCUUGGAGGUAAUUCGAAAACGAUUAUGAUCGCUAAUAUUUCACCUUCUUCAUAUAAUUACGAUGAAUCGUUAACGACUUUACGAUAUGCCCAUCGGGCCAAAACAAUCAAAAAUCGUCCGAUUAAAAAUGAAGAUCCUAAGGAUGUUAAACUUCGUGAAUAUCAAGAUGAAAUCAAGCGAUUAAAGUUGUUGAUCGAACAGCGGAAACAACAAGAGAAAACGAUUAUUAUAAAGAAGGUUAAAAAAGUUAAAAAGGAAACUGAAGCUUCUUCACCAUCACCCGGUGCUAGCGAGGAUAUAAAUAAAUCCACGACAAGUAUAAAUAACGAAGAGAAUAUCGAGGUACAACUGAAAUACGAACGCGAAAAAACUGACGAAUUAGCAAAACGAUUACAAUCAUUAGAAUCCCAAUUAAUUCGAGGUGGGAAAAAUAUUCUAGAUGAAAUGAAUGAGAAGCAAAUUCAAUUAGAACAACAAUUAAAUGAGAUUGCAGAACGUAAAAAGCGAGAAACAGAAAUGCAACAAAUGUUAGAGCUCGAGGAAGAAACGAAUAUCGAAUUUCGUAGUGGUUUCUCAAACUUACAACAAGAAGCCGAAUUAAAAUCACGUAAAUUAAAAAAAUUAUUUCAACGUUUACAAAACAUGAAACAAGAAAUAAGUGAUUUAAAGUUAGAACAUAAUCGAGAUUGUCGGGAAAUGGAAAUCACACAAGAAUCAUUAGUUAAGGAAUUAAAAUUGAAAAUUAUGAUAAUCGAUAACUUUGUACCGAUCGACGAUAAGCAAUAUAUGUUGAAUAACGCACGUUACGAUGAUAAUUUAGACGAGUGGAUCCUACCAACCCAGCAAAAUAAUUUACAAAACACCACUAACGAUCAAGUUAUCAAAAUAACACAUCGUCCGUUAGCGAGACCUGAACUAGAUCGACCUUACUCGGAGUACGCACUUAAUAAGAUGCGUUCCUUCGAUUGCCCUUACCGAUUCAAAUCGGAGAACAUAUUAAACUUAAAUCUAGACAUGCCUCAAAAGACGACUUCUGUUUAUAAGCGACCUGAUGUGUCGCCAGCACUUCGAGCGGUUUUAGAUGAAGCAAUGCAAGUGGAAAGUGAUUUAGAAAUCGAUGAUAAAGAUCACAGUCAAGCUUUGAUUAAUAACCAGGUGAAUAACGACUUGAACAACAGUUUGCAUCACAUUCGAAUUAAAAGUGGAACGGUUGGAACGGGUUCGGCUCGAACACAAGCACAAAUGGAUACAAUUGCACAUAAUUUAGCGAUGAAAAAAGAUACAACUCAACGGCAUAAUAAUCCAACGUUGCGUAAAUCGCUGUCUGCACACGGCACGAGCAGUACUGGAGGUAGUAGCAACAAUUUAAAGUAUAGUAAUUAUAAAAAGGCGGCGUCGUUAAAUAGUCAUUAUUCAUCAAAUAGUAGUAUUGCGAGCACUAGUAGCAAUACAUCGACGAAAUCGAAAGCUAGUGAUCAUUUUACUAAUGAAUAUCAACGUCACCAUUUUUAUCAUAAGUAACAAUUUUUACUUAUUUACCUAUUUAUAUUCAAAUAUUAGUGGUGGGAUAGAGUGAUAGAGUGGAGGCUUUUCUAAAACUUCGCCCAUUGCGUGGCGCCGCAUUAAAAUUUUUUUUUUUAAAUCUAUGAAAUAACCAUGAACUCCAAAAGCUUGUCUUUCUUGAAAAGGUAUAUUGAAAGCUAUAACUUCACCCGGUUGCCUUAUGGAUAAAGUUGGUAUCCCAAUAUAGUAUUACAAAUUUCCCCCCUGCUCCCCCAAUCAGGUAGGGUUGCCAUUGUCCAUUGCUUUUACUGGCUUAAUUGCCGCUUAAUUACAAAGUUUAAGCCGGUUACCGGUCUAGUGAUUUUGCAGUUCGCUCCCAAAUCAUAAGAAUCGUGAGGAACGGUGCCGUAUUUACCAAAAAAAGGGCAUCCAACACUCUCGUGUGAAGCUCCUGGUAGAUUUAUGAGGAUUAUAAAAAAGAAAAAAGUUGGCAAAUAAAGGGAAAGUGUAAACGAAGUAGGCAUACUUUUAAUCAAACUGUCUAGGAAAAAGCUAAGCCCGACUUUGCUAAAGUGGGUCUCAACAUUUGCAAAUGCGACACUGCUGUGGAAUUCUUUAAGAGCUUCGUUUAUAUGUUCAAAAAAAACUUGAUCGCUUGAUCCACUCAAAAAAAAAAAAAAUUAACCAGGUGCUGGAUGAUUUGAGGACAAUGCGAGUCACUGGGUGCGCCCUGGAGUUGUGGAGGAGGCCAAGGCCCACGUCGGGCUGUAGCGCCUAUUGUUGUUGCUUGAUCCACUCAUGCGCAAAAUAAGAAAAAAUGCAUACAUCAUACCGGUUCACCUUGUUUUCUCAUCCAUGAAUUGGGACUAACAUUGUAUACAAUAAGUUUCAUAGAAAUCGACCAAAUUAUAAUAUACAGGGAGUUUCAUUAAAAUUAAGAGUCGAUUUUUUUUAGAAAAAUAACCAGAUCCUAUUUUGCAAGGGUGUUUUAGAUCAAAUAUUUAUUUUUUAAAUAGCUAUAAUCAAACUUCCAAAGACUAAAAUAAACUUUCUUGC